UGUUUUGUGGGGAAAUACAAAUUUGGCCGAAUACCGAGGGGGCCGGACAAGAAUCCGUCUUUUCCCGUCCAAUCAUACGCAUAUCCGCCUCCGCCCCCAUCCCGUUCUUGGCUUCUAUGCAGGCUGUCGUAUAAUGCACAUUGCCAUAGCAAGAGGGGGAGGGGCUCGACGGCCGGAGGGUCGAUAUGACCGGAAAUGUUGGAACGCGUGGACGCUGAAGGUAGUUGGGAAGAUUUAUCUACCCGUACUUCGACACCCAUUGUACACCACAUUCCUCCAUCAUCGAUACAUCUCAAAGCAUGGCACCUGCUCAAGUUGCAUUACCUGCUUCUAUACCAUCUCUCUCUUCUAGUUCAACAACCCAAAUUACAAGCAGCAAAACGACAGACAGUUGCGACGACAGCAUUCACACUGUCGAUGAUCUGAUACGUCAGCGCGCGAAAAGUUUCCCGCACGCGAUAGCGGUGGCUUAUCCUCGUUCCGGGAUCGAAUAUGUAGAGUAUACUCUGCAACAGCUCGAUGUCUUCGCAUAUCGCGUCGCACGCCAUUUCCAGACAUGGAUUCCUACACGAAAAUCAUCUGCCGACAAACAGCUAACGGUAGCAUUGUUUGGGCCUUCCAAUUUUGACUACCUCGUUUCCAUGCUGGCGUUGGCCAAGCUCGGCCACACAGUCCUGUUCUUAUCCACAAGGCUGUCUGCAAUAGCGAUUGAAUCCUUGGUUGAAACCACAGGAGCGACAUAUCUCCUAGCUGAUUCAAGAUACCUGGACACGGCCUUGGUAGUUCAGGCAAAGAAAACGCAACUUAACGUUGCUGAGAUCGCUGGCCGUGUACAUUAUGAAUUUCCGAUCGAGGUCUAUGCGGAUACUCGAUUGGACUACCAGCUUGAUCCUGCUAUCGAGACAACGAACAACAUCUUCAUCAUACACUCUAGUGGUUCAACUGGUCUUCCAAAACCAAUCUAUCAGCCACAUUUCCGCGCCAUUGCAAACUAUGCGACUAGCAUGGACAUGAAGGCUUUCAUAACUUUGCCUCUUUACCAUAAUCACGGCAUUUGCAACUUCUUUCGAGCGGUAUACUCACGCAAAUCAAUCCACAUGUACAACGCAGAUUUGCCUUUAACUCAGCCUCUACUCACAAAGAUAUUCCAAGAGCACAAAUUUGAGAUAUUCUAUGGUGUUCCUUACGCUCUCAAGUUGCUUGCAGAAACCGAGGAGGGCAUCCAAUUAUUGAGAGAACUUAGAAUAGUCAUGUACGGCGGUAGCGCAUGUCCGGAUGCACUGGGUGAGCUACUGGUUGAGAAUGGAGUAAACCUAGUGGGACACUACGGGGCGACAGAAGUCGGUCAGCUCAUGACGUCGUUCCGCCCAGCAGAAGACAAGGCAUGGAACUACGUCCGCGAAAAUGAAAAAUUGAAGCCUUAUCUUCGUUGGAUCCCGCGGGGCCCGAACCUCUUCGAAUGCACAGUCACCGAUGGGUGGCCCGCAAAAGUAACGUCCAAUUGCGACGACGGUAGCUACGCAACGAAAGAUCUGUUUGAACCCCAUCCUACGAUACCCGGUGCUUGGAAGUAUAUCGCUAGGCUGGACGACACGCUUGUGCUCGUCAACGGCGAGAAGUUCAACCCAGUCGUGAUGGAAGGCACGAUUCGAUCCCACAAGGCCGUGAUGGAAACAGUUGUCUUUGGCGCUGGUCGUCCUUACCUCGGCGUUCUUGUUGUUCCUGCAACACCGGAUGCAUCCGAGGAAGAAGUCGUCAAUCAGAUAUACCCCGUCAUUCAGGAACUGAACAGAUCGAGCGAGGCUUAUGCCCGAAUUUCGCGCGACAUGAUCAAGGUGCUACCGCUGAAUUGCGACUUCCCGCGUACAGAUAAGGGCAGUAUAAUCCGUCAAGCUUUCUACAAGACGUUUCGCGGGGUCAUUGACAAUGCGUACGAUCAGGCCGCCAUUUCCAGUGGUGACUUGAAGUCUUUGUCAAUAAACGAGCUCCUAGACUUUAUUCGGGACGUCUUGAUAAGCUUGAUGCCCGAGGCGAAGGACGUUUCUCCGGACGAUGACUUCUUUGCGCUAGGUGUUGACUCUUUGCAGUCGCUGCAGAUGCGCACUGAGAUUUUGAAGAACAUCAGCAUCGGCGACAACCAGCUCGGCCAGAAUGUCGUUUUCGAGAAUUCUUCCAUCAGGGCACUCAGUGCUUAUUUGUAUAACCUGCGCACAGGUCAAACGGCCACUACAACGGUCAUUGAAGAUGACAUGCAGGAUCUGAUCCAAAAGUACGGAACGUUCAAUCGAACACCGUCUACCUAUUCUGUUGCCGUAACUGGUUCGACUGGCUCACUCGGUGCGCACGUUUUAGCCCAGCUUGCAGCACGUGAGGACAUCGUCACCGUAUACGCCUUGGUCCGCGCCCGAAGUCCUAAAGAUGCCGCCCAUCGCGUACGCAUGUCACUUAUCCAGCGUCAAUUGUACCACACAAUAUCUCUCAGCGCGCGGAGAAAGAUCGUAGCUCUACCAUGUGAUCUCUCGAAGUCAAAACUGGGUCUCGCUUCAGAUACUUACGAGAAUGUGUCCAGCAACCUCCGCAGUGUUAUCCACUGUGCGUGGUCAGUGAAUUUCAAUCUCGGGCUUGCUUCGUUUGAGAAAGACUGCCUGGCGGGGGUACGAAACCUACUUGACCUAUGCAAUGCCGUUUCAUCGUCUCGACCUGCUUCGUUCGAUUUCUGCUCUUCCGUGAGCGCAGUCGCACGAUGCCCCGACUUGCAUACCCCGGAGACCCUGCCCGAGUACGAUUGGGCACAGAAUAUGGGCUACGCGCAAAGCAAACUUGUUGCGGAGCAUAUUUGCAUGAAAGCAGCGGAAUCAACCAACAUAAAGGCAAGAAUACUGCGGGUUGGCCAGAUUAUAGCUGAUACAGUCCACGGAAUUUGGAACGCGACGGAGGGUAUUCCACUCAUCAUGCAAACAGCCGUCACGGUCGGCGUACUCCCUCAACUCCAAGAGUCACCAUCCUGGACCCCCGUCAACAUCGUCGCCAGAGCCAUCUCCGAGAUCGCACUCUCAGACGCCGGAUCUCUCAUCGCCAACGUGACCAAUCCGAAGACUUUCGACUGGACAAAAGAUCUCCUCCCAGCACUUCGCAGCGCAGGCCUUGAGUUCGAAGAGCUGCCACCAAAGGAAUGGGUAAAACGUCUCCAGCGAUCAAGCCCCGAUCCCGUCAUUAACCCUCCCAUCAAACUUGUUGACUUCUUCGCAUCCAAAUACAACCGCGAUACUUUCCCCGCACCACGAACGUACAGCACCGACACAGCUUGCGCACUCUCACCUACGCUCCAAAAUGCACCCGUCUUGAACCCCGCGCACGUCGCAAAAUUCGUGUCCAAAUUCAAGACCGGUGCUUGGAAACAGCCCAGCUCCGCAUCCACGUUAUCAGACAAGCAGCAGAAGAAGAAGCGCGCAAUCGUUCUCAUGGGACCCUGCGGGGUCGGAAAAUCUACUCUCGGCCUUUCCCUGACUAAAUCAUUACAAUGCACAACCUUCAUCGAAGGGGACGCUCUUCACACGUCAACCGCUAUUGCUUCGAUGCACAACAACAUUCCCCUCCUCGACACUGACAGGACACCCUGGCUUUCUCGCAUCCGCGCUCGUAUCCUCGAAACGCUUAUAGACCUGGAAUACGAUACCGUGGUCGUAUCUUGCUCUGCGCUAAAGAAAUCGUACCGCAACCAGCUCCGCCGUGUAAGUGACAAUGGUGUUGAGGUCAAAUUUGUGGAUAUGCAGAUCGGAGCCGAUGAGCUGGUGAAGAGAAUAGAGAGUAGGGAGGGGCAUUAUAUGAGUAAGGAGAUGGUUGGGGGACAGCUGGAGGUCUAUGAGGAGAUGGGUUUAGAGGAGGUAGAUGUAUUGCCCGUUGAUGCGGAAGGGAAGGUGGAAAAUUUGGUGGAAGAGGUUUUGGGAGUUCUUGCCUAG